AUGCCCCUAAAACUGGUGCAAAUGAAUCUAAACCAUACGGCGGCAGCACAAGAUUUGCUGCUGCAAGCUAUGGCCGAGGAGAAGUGGGAUCUGGCAAUAAUAUCGGAACCCUACAGAGUCCCAGAGCAUCCCCACUGGGCUGGGGACACGGAGGGGCUGGCGGCGGUAGUUUGGGCGGGGAGCGAGAACUCGCCCCCCAUCCAGAGUACGGAGGCCUUCGAGAGGUACCUCGAUGGACUGGAAUUGGCGGUGCGAAGAAACAUGGGCCCCCUUACGAUUGUGGCGGGCGACCUGAACGCCAAAGCAAGAGCCUGGGGAUCGGGAAUCACAGACGCCAGAGGCGAGUUGCUCCUCGACUGGAUGGCAAACCUGGGGCUGUCUGUCAUGAAUCAGGGCCAGGCGAGCACCUGCGUACGGUGGCAGGGGGAGUCUGUCGUCGACGUGACGUACGUAAGAUUUGAGUUAGGCCUACCGGGAAGCCGGGAGCGUCAAGAGCGGGUCGUGAGCCGCAAGAACAGAGGAUGGGCGGUAAGACAUAUCGAUGAAGACAUGUUUGAGACGGCAAUGCAGGCUGGUAGGUGGUCAGCGGAUGCCGUGAGAGCGGGAGAAGCUAGUCUGGAGAAAAGAGCAAGGAACGUGCGCGAGACCCUGUGGAGAGCGUGUGAUGCGUCGAUGCCGAAGAAAAGAAGUGUACGGAAAAAAGCUCUCUACUGGUCGAACGAACAGAUAGCGGAAACCAGGAGAAGAGCUGGAAGGAUUAAACGCCAACUCACCAAAAUGAAAAGGCGCGGUCGUGAGGAGGAGGCUGUCGGGCUCCGAGAAAACCUCAGGAAGGUAAAAAAGGAGAUGAAAGCAUUAAUACGCGACGCAAAAGAAAAGGCUUGGACAGAGUUCGUCGAGACCCUGAAUAAGGACCCAUGGGCCAGACCCUAUAAGUUGGUCAUGGGUAGACUCAAGCCCUGGACGCCUCCGAUAACGGAGACUCUGGAGCCGGAGGCAGUAGAGCGUAUGUAUAUCAUGGCGGAGCUCUUCCCGGGGGACGACGAACUGCUCCCGCGGAGGUACGAGCUACCGGCUCCCUGGAGGGAAAACUGGCAAAUGAAGGAGGAAGAGAUGGUGCGGGCGGUUAAAAGGAUCGGGGGGGUCGCCAAAGCGCCGGGUCCCGACCACAUCCCCGGAGCUGCCCUCAAAAUGGCCAUCCCACAUGUCGGGGAGGACAUAAGGGAGCUGAUGGAGGGGUGUCUCCGAGAGGGGCACUCCCAGAUAUAUGGCAAAAGGCUACCCUGGUCUUAA